GAGGGAACAAGUUUAACGAAACAAUUACGGUUUUGUUUGAGUCGAUUAUUAUUUUCUUUAUUUGUGCCAUGGGUUUUCCCGCACGAGCUACCCCGCACAAAAUAGUCGUGACACGUAUCCUCUCCAUCGCUCCGUUUCGCCUGUUGUACCACCUUUUAUUUUGUUCUGUUUGAAAACCGUUUUAGGAAUAUUUACAAAUAUAUAAGUCGCGUGGGAGAAAAAGUAAGGAUCAGUUAGUUAGUUGACGCGCACGCAAGAAACUGUGUUUGGAAAUUAUAUAUUUAUAAAUAUAUAUAAUAUUUAUUUACAUACGCGGGAUUGGAGGCGGACUUGACUAAGGUCAACAAAUAUAAAUCCGUGCAAGUAACAAAUUAAAACUUGUUUUACAAGUUAGAGUCGCGCCGUCGGGAAAAGAUAUUGAUUCCAUUGUGUGUUGAGGUCGGGCGAUAUUUCGUGUAGGUCCGAAAUAUCGUUUUCGUUAGAAAUGGUCGACUAUUGGAAGGCAUCCUUCCUCCUGGUUAGCUUUGUGCUUUACUUGGCAAAUGCUCAGAAUGGCAUCGAGACAGUGUCCUCGGGACUGGACCAAUUCGCCCUGAAACUACUGACCCAAACAGCCGAAGCUGCUGGAGACAAUUUGAAUAUUGCGCUGUCUCCAUUCACGAUAUGGACGUUACUGACGAUCAUCUCAGAAGGGGCCAACAAAAACACUCUCAGAGAGCUAGAAAACAGCCUGGGGAUCCCAGCCGCAGACAAAUCCGUUUUCCGCAAUAAUUUCAGAGCCCUCUCAAGCGAUUUAAAACGUAACGCCGAUGGAGUCACUCUGGACAUCACGAACGCGAUCUUCACCACCAACGAGUUCCCACUGAAUACGACCUUCCAAGCAGUAUCGCAAUCCACCUACGGAGUGGAUGUAAUACCAGUGGAUUUUCGCAAUUCUAGGGGCGCAGUGAACACGAUCAACAAUUACAUUUCCAGGGCGACGCAGAACAGGAUCCCGAACUUCGUCAAUGCCGCUGACGUUGCCGAUGCCGCCAUCUUCAUGACCAGCGCAUUGUUCUUCAAGGGUCAGUGGCGAUACCGGUUCGAUUCUGCUCAAACUAAGCCGGAAACCUUCUACAACGAUGCAGGUAACAGCAUAGGCCGGGUCCAGAUGAUGUACCAGUCCGGACCAUUUCCUUAUACUUUAGUCAGCUACUUGAAUGCUCAUGCCGUAGAACUACCUUAUGGAAACAGCGAUAAAGUAUCGAUGAUUGUAAUCGUUCCUAGAAAAGGUGUUAAACUGCUUACAGUACUACGAGCCAUCGCUAGUAGACCAGUUAGCGAGCUUUUGAACACCUUGGAUAGAGUGCAAAAGGAAUUCAGCGAAGAAGAGGUUGAUGUAUACCUGCCCAAAUUUAAGAUAGAAUCAGAACUGAACUUAAACGGAGUCCUCAAUAAAAUGGGCAUCAACGAAGUGUUCAACUCUGAGAAGGCUGACCUUCUUGGGAUAUUCCCGCAGUACUUGUACCUAUCGCGAGUCCUUCAAAAGGCAGUCAUUGAUGUCGACGAGGAAGGCACCAUCGCCGCGGCCGCUGCAGGAGCAUCCAUUGUAUACAAAACAACGCAACCCAAGAUCUCGGCGAAUAAACCAUUCGCAUUCUUCAUUGUCGACAAGUCAACAAGAAGCAUCAUAUUCGCCGGCAAAGUUAGCAAUCCCAACGGGAUCUGCGACAAGUGUACAGGAAAUUAAAUUGCAAAAGCUUAUUUCUCCACUUUUUUUUUCUUCCAUAUAAUUUAGUUCCUACUU